UCUUCUAUGUAUCAACACUUAAUUAGGAAUGUCUCGCAACCAAUGUUUGAUUUUAUUUUCCCUUAUUUCUUUCCCCUCUUCUUAUACCCCUACCCCUAGUCACGGUUCCCCGACUAUGCUAUCCUUAGCUAGUGCGGUCGUGACAGCAUGGUAUGCUCGCAGAAAAGCUAUUGAGCUUGUAUAUGGUGGGUGGGAGGGAUCAUUCAGACAACUCCCCAGCUACCUGACUGAGUUGCAAAGUCAAAAUCCUGGGACAAUCGUUGAGUGGUUGCAUGACCCUAUAUUGAGUCAAGGUAAUACAAAGGUGUUCCGCUACGUAUUUUGGGCAUUUGGGCCAGCAAUAGAAGCGUUCCAACUAGCAAAGCCGGUCUUCUCAGUUGAUGGGACUCACCUGCGUGGAAGACUGAAAGGUAAACUACUUACUGCAGUAGGGUACGAUGCAAACAAGAACUGUUUGCCUGUUGAUUUUGCUAUUGUUGAUGAAGAAACAAAUGAGAGUUGGAGUUGGUUUUUGAAUCUUGUCAGAGUGCAUAUUAUAAAGCAUGACCAGGAAGUGUGCAUAAUAUCAGACAGACAUCAAGGCAUAAUAAAUGCUAUGCAGUCUGAUGUGUGGAAAGAGGUACCCGUUGGUUAUCAUCGAUACUAUUUAAUUCACGUUCGAUCGAAUGUGUUACAAAGACACAAAGACCCCGGAGUGAAGAAAUGGGUAUGGAUAAUGGGUGAAGUAAUUGAGGAGCGGAGAUAUUGGACUGCAAGGCGUGAAUUAGAAAAGGUGAGUCCAGAAGCUCUGAGCUACCUCGAAACCACCAUAGAUAGAUCGCAGUGGACUAUGGCACACGAUGAAUUUCGUCAAUGGGGUGAGACAUCUACGAACAUGGCCGAGUGUUAUAACAAUGUGUUGUUAUCUACGAGGGAACUCCCAAUUAGAGCUAUCAUUGAUAUUACAUUCUGGCGGACCAUCAACUGGUUUGUUAAUCGAACGACUCUAGCCAAACAAUGUCAGACGCCUUUGACACCGUGGGCUUGGGAGUUAUUUCAGAAGAAUGACCGUCGAGGGAGACGUCAUCAUGUUAGGACUACAAGCAUAGCACAAGGAACUUAUGAGGUGCUAACCUAUCACAGAGGACCGGGUAGAGGCCAUAAUAUACAUGUUGUGGAUUAUCGUGAAAAGAGAUGCUUAUGUGGAAAGUGGCAGACCUGGAGAAUGCCUUGCUCUCACACUGUUGCGGUGCUGAGAGAACGCACAUGUUGAUUCCCGAUACCAUACAGAUGUUUGGAUUCACCAGUACGCAGCUGCGUUCCGUCCAUUGAGACACCAAGAUUAUUGGUAUGAACCUGAAUGGACGUUGGAAUGUUUACCAGCACGGCUACUUCCUCGUUCACGUGGGCGAUACAACAGAAACAGGAUACACAACCUAAUGGAUGAGCGCGAAGAAGAUGAGCCAAGAGUUCCUCCUCGAUGCCGCCUUUGUGGAGAGACCGGCCACAAUAGAAGAAAGUGCACUUUAGGACGUGUUGUGUAGUCAUAUUAUAUUUGAGCAUCGUGUUUGACACUUAAAUUUUAUUAUGUUUACGAACAGUAUUUUAGAUUUUGUAAUAGUUAGUCAGACUGAAAUUAUCGUGUUUGAGAACAGUAUUUUACGAGGUGUCCUGAAAGUGUUUGAGACUUAAGUAAUAUU